CGUUAUCUGCCUGGAGGAUAUCCGACCGGAGUCCGGUACGCGCGUAUCUCUCUGUGUAGCUGUCGUUAACAGCUCUGAAAUGAAUAGACGGUCUUUGUUUUGGACACAGACACCGGCGGAAAAGUCAGCGGAUCGUCCUCGGACGCCUGUUACGGCUCUCUGUCCGCGUAAAAGGCAGUAGAGCAUUAUCGCUCCCCGGUCAUGAUGAACCUGUCGGCGGCGCCUCCGUGACAGCCGAGUGAUGGUGCAGAGGCGCGUGCGGUGCUGUUGGGUAAUGCGAAGCAGCGGCUUUUUGCCAGCGGGAGGAUAAUUUAAAGAUAAAUACUGGAUCUGAUUCAAGAGACAUAACCUGACCGGUGUGCGCCAUUGUGAUGCACCUGCCCUUUCAUCAGAUGAACGUCGAUCCUGGAUUUCCUUUAAUCAGAGUCACAGUAUCAACUUGUCUGUUUUUACCUCAAGGAGCACAUGUGAAACCAUUUUUACGAGCUGGAGAAAGCUCCUUCUUGUCUACCUCAAUUAAUUUAUUAUUGAAUUUAAAAUCAUUGUAAAGACUCAAGUGAUGAGGAGCAUUACACUGUCCUGUUUGUGUUAUUGAGAUCUGUGCUUACUCUGAAGCUGGACAUUGUGCUUUUCUUGCUGUUUAUAAAGGAACACAGUCAUCGCAAGGAUCCAUGUAUCCUCAUUAUCCUCAUGUUAGAGUUAAUAAGAUGUUCUGCCACUCCUUGAAAAAUAUAAUACUGUGUAAUGUUUGAUCUCAAGAUGAAGGAGGCGUGUCGUGUUUGUGGAAGGGAGCUCUGUGGUAACCAGCGAAGAUGGAUUUUCCACCCCGCUGCCAAGCUCAACUUGCAUGUGCUGCUGUCUUAUGCCGUGGGGCGGGAGCUGACCCGGGAUGGCAGAGGAGAGUUUGCCUGCUCCAAGUGUACCUUCAUGCUGGACCGCAUGUACCGCUUUGACACAGUCAUCGCCCGUGUGGAAGCCCUGUCCAUCGAGAGGUUGCAGCGGCUCUUGCAGGAGAAACAUCGAUUGAGGCAGUGUAUCAGCGGGCUCUAUCGGAAAACAAAUUCAGAUGAGGGUGCUGUAACAUUAAGUGGAAGCAAUGAGGAGCCAGGAGAUGGGAUGGUGGAUAUUUCAGGGCUAACCCAUGCAAAGUAUUGCGCCCUGCUCCAGGAGGAUCUAGUCUACUCUUUGUAUGAGUCCUGGGCAGAUGACAGCCUGGACAGCCAUCACCACCACCCUCAGUGUCCUGCUGGUCCGGGGUCAGAGGUUACAGUUGCAGGCUCACACCGGUGUGCACCCAGCACUCCCAGGAGGUGCAGGGGAUGUUCUUACUGGCGGGUGGCAGACUCUGAUUAUGAAGCUGUUUGUAAGGUGCCCAGAAAGUUGGCCCGGAGUAUUUCUUGUGGGCCAUCAACCAGAUACUCAGCCAGUGUUGUUGGAGGGAGUGUGACUGGAGGUGGUGUGUGUGGAGAAGGAGAGAGGAAAAAUUUGGAAGAUUCAGAAGAAGUCCCCUCCUCUCAGACUCUAGUCCCUGGAUCUCAGGACCCCUCGAGGACAUCAGACAGUGAUCGCACUCUGGCUGGGCGAGCUAGCUCAAGCCCCUCUGUAGCAUCCCUAGAGGCAACUGAGGAAUAUCUUCAACCUGGAGCCAUAGCAGAUGGACCUCUGAGCUCCCCAGUGGAUGCAAUAGACGAUCAGAUAUCUGAUUCCCUCUCUGAGGAGCACAUGGGAGCUCCACAUGGACGAGCUUCUCCUAGGCACAGCCUUUCUCUGGCCCUCUCUUUGCUUCAAAGCUGUGCUGUCUUCCGGCCAGUCCAGGGCAGAAAAGGGAGCAAGCUACCAGUCUUACUCCAACGAAGCUCCAGUAAUGGGGGCACAAAGCUGUGCUUCACUGAUGCUGUUAUGGAAAUGCCUUAUGGAAGCCCAAAUGGAGAGAGAGACAAUCACAUACCAACACCUGAGCUGGAGACCCCUCUGAUCAGGGUGGAUGCUGGAGUCAAUCACAGUCUGAACUUGGAAGACCUGGAGGAGUUAAUGGAAGAUUUGUACAAAGAGUAUCCUCCUCCACCUCCCCACCAGAAUCUUGUUGAAGAGCAGCAGAGCCAGCUGAACCGGUAUGAGUGUGCGGCCGGUCAGUGUGUCAGCGAGCUGCAGAAGGCCCAGCUCCAGGUCCAAUCCCUGCAGGCUAAGAUCCAGGAGAGCGAGGCCAACAAUAUGAAGCUGCAGGAGAAGCUGAAUGAGAUGGAGUGUGAGCUGCGUUCGCUUCGCCAGGCCGCUCAGAGUCAGGAAAGAACCAUUCAGGGCCUCACUGAGUCUCUCAGCACCAAAGACAGUGAGGCCCAGGAGCUGUACCAGCUGAUUGAAGGGCAAAACACCACACUUUGUAAGCUGCAGGAAAUAGCCCAUCGCAGCCGGCUUGCUCAGUGCAAGGCUCCAGCGGGAGUGAGUGAACCCUUGGCGUUCGCUCAGCUGCAGGGUGAGCUGGUCGGGGUGCAGAGCUCCCUCUUCUCUCUUGGACUGGAGCUGGAGGCCAGCCAGAGGAGUCUGAGACAGAGCCAGAGGCAAGCAGAUGACCUGAUGAAGUUCAAGGAGAGAUUAAACUCAGAUCUUCAGGAGGCACUGCAGCACAGAGAGGUCACCGAAAAACACAAUCAGGAUCUGCGCUGCGCCAUUCACAAACUUCGCUCUGAGCUUCAGGCUAAAGAAGCUGCUUUAAAGGAGAGCGAAGCAGAGAAACACACUCUGACGCAGGAGAAAGAGAGGAGCAUCGCACAGCUCAAACACUCUCUGCAGGACAAGGAGCAACAGUUGCAGGAGUACUCAGAGAUGGUGGAGUCAACAGAAAGCUCCAAACCAAAUCCAAGAGAUGCCCUGCUGGAGAAACUGAGGGAGCGCAUUAAAGAAAGAGACAGAGCUCUGGAGCAAUCCAUCGAUGACAAGUUCCGCUGCGUGGAGGCGCGUGAGAGCCAAGUGAGGAGGCUGCAGCUGGCCCUCAGAGAGAAGGAACGAGACCUGGAGAGACUCCGCUGCAUUCUGUCCAACAAUGAGGAGACCAUCACGAGUCUUGACGGUUUGGUGCGAAGUAAAGAGCUGGAGCUGGAGCAGGCAGCAGAGGCCUACAGGAACCUCCAGUGGCUGAAGCAGCAGAGCGAAGAGAAGGAGCGAAACUCUCUGAGAGAGAAAGAUGCCAUCAUAACCCAACUACAAGCAGCACUACAGACACGCAGCCAGGAGACACAGGAUCUCACAGCCGCCCUUGUGGCCAGAGUUCAGGCCGGCCCCACUGAGAUUGUGGAGGAGUUGAAGGCUCGGCUAGCUCUGAAAGAGAAACUCUUCCAGGAGCUGUUGUCGGACCGCGGCCGCCAGUCUAAGGAACACCAAGCGCAGAUCCAGGAUCUGCUCAGCACUCUCAGCUCCAAAGACCAGUAUCUGCAGGACUACUCCUACAGGCUUUCCUUAGUGAUCAGUGAGCGGACUGGCCAGCUCCAGGAGCUUCGCAGACAGCUGUCAGAAAGAGAGCAGGAACUGCACGAACUGAGAUGGGACAAGGAAAGAGAGACAGGAGGAGAGACAGAGCAUCUACGGAGUCUGCUCAAAGAGAAGGAGGCAUUUAUCAAGGAGCUGAUGAAGGCCCAGGAAGAGGCCAUGCAGCCGUUUUCAAAGGAGAGUGAGGUAGAGAUCAAGGCUCUGAAGGAAGACAUGCAGCUGGUGCUGAAGAAAGAGGCAGAGGCUCAGAAGGAAAUCUCUGCUUUGCGUUUAUCUUUGGUUCACCAGCAGUUGGAAGGAGAUGCCACAAAAGACAGCAGUGAGCACAAACAUGUGCUGGAGCAGCUAGUAUCAGAGUACAAUAAGCUGAAUGACGCCCUGAAGGCAGAGAAGAGGUUAUACCAAAAUCUCACGCACAUUCACAAGAGUGACAGCAGCCCGGAGAAGAUCCAAGCCCUCCACACUGAGCUGGAUUCGGUUCAGGCGCUCCGCGGACAACUGGAGGAGGUCCUGGCCAGGACCCGUAACAUGGCCCUGCUGCUGGACAGGGCAGCUAAAAGGCAGCCUGACUUUGGAGAGCUCAGCACAGAGGAGGAAGAGGAGGAGGGAGAUGAUGAAGAUGGCAGCAGUGAGGAGUUUACAGACAGCAUAGAGGAGGAUGACGAUAACGUGAAUGCCAGAAGUUUGACCUCCAGUCAGGCUUCUGCUAAGGCUCGUGGACCUGAGUGUGUUAGCAGAGGGCUGGUGAGGGGGGUACUGUCCCAGAGAGCUGAUGUAAAGCAGCUAGAUGAAGCAAAGAAAACACUCGAGUUUGAGCUUGAAGAAAUAAAGGCACAGCUGGAGAGGGAUGGAUACACCUCUGUAGCUCAGAUGAGGAGUGCCCUGCAGAGGCUGCAGCAGGAGAACCAGGCCCUGAAAGAAAACCAGGUACGAGCUGGAGUGGUGGGGCUGGGGGCAAAAACAAAGAGUCUGAGCCCAGAGGAAGAACAGGAAGAAGAGGAGGAGGAGGAAGAAGAAGAAGAGGAGGAGGAGGAGGAUACUGAGGAAGAAGAUGAACAGAAACCAUCUCCGGUUCCGGCAGGGAAACGAGGUCCUCCAUGUGUUAGCCUGAGCAACGAGCCGGGGAAGAGGCACUGCGUGAGGCCGCGCUCUCUGAACCUGGGCAUGCUGACGUCCCACCAUCUCACACACCAACCUGAAGCGGAGACCGGGGCUGCUGGUGACAGCUCUCAGGUCAGAGUGCUCUGGCAGGAUAAAGAGGAUGGCCUCCGUGAACAGGCGUCUCGUCUGCACUCUGAUCUGGCUCUAAGCCAGCAGGAGAACAGAGAGCUGCAGGAGAGGCUGAUGGUGUCUGAGGCCACCGUCCAAGCUCAGGCUGAACAGCUAAAGGAGUACAGAGAUCUGCUCACAGAGACUUCUGUUCAGCAGGCCAAUAAGCAGGUGCAGGUGGAUCUUCAGGAUCUGGGUUAUGAAACUUGUGGCCGCAGCGAGAAUGAAGCAGAGAGAGAAGACACCAGCAGCCCAGAGUUUGAUGACCUAGAGAUGUGCACAUCACUGUCCCAUCAGGACUGUGAGGGUGGUGGCUGGUAUGCUGGAAGCUGCAGCAGUAACAGAGGUGCUUAUGAAAUGAGGGAUGAGUCUGCUUCUCUUCAGAAUCUUGUCCAGGAUCUCCGCUCACAGCUGACCCGCUGUCACAAAGUGAUCCGCGGACUGCAGCUCCGUGUCCGGUCUUUGUCUGCCACCAGUGACUACGCCUCCAGCUUGGAGCGCACCCCCCGUAAGGUAAACUGGGCACUUGAGAGAUCACCAGCCCCGAGUGGUGUGGAUGAGGAUGAAGGUUGGAUGUCUGAUACCCAAGGGACUCGGCCAGGGUCCAAACCCAGCAGGGAGCUGCAAGAACUGAUGGCACGAGUUGCAUCACUGGAGGCUCAGUUGAAGACCAGCAGACUGGAGGGCAAAGGCCAAGCAGAAGAAGGGAAAUGUGCCACCUGGCCUGGGAAGUAUAACUCGCUGAUCCAGGCACAAGCUCGUGAGCUGUCCCACCUGAGGCAACGGAUGAGAGAAGGGCAAGGAGUCUGCCACAUCCUGACCCAACACCUGGGAGAUACCACCAAGGCUUUUGAGGAGCUCCUGCGGGCCAACGAUAUUGAUUACUACAUGGGUCAGAGCUUCAGAGAGCAGCUGGCACAGAGCACCGCCCUGGCACAAAGAGUGGUCACCAAGAUUAGCGGACGAGAACACGCAGAGAGCCAUGACGACAAGACAGGCCAUGAGUUGCUUGCCUUACGGUUGAGUAAGGAGUUGCAGCAGAAAGAUAAAAUCAUUGAAUCGCUCCACACGAAGCUGCGCCAGCAUCCUGAGACCCCAUCCAGCUGCCACGCCCUCUCCGAGACUACUGACCAAUCGGAUAGGACCUCCUUGGUGUCUGAUGAGUACCAAACCAAUGAAGACUUGGAGCUGUGCUCUGAUUUGGACACCAGGGAAUAUCAGGAGGACCACCGGCUCCGGCAACCAGGACACGGAUCAGACCCAGAAGUCCGUUCCUCUAUCCCUCCUCCUCUUCGUGGCCUUCUCAAGACUUCGAGCAGCUGUCCCAACAUGCUUUGCUCGGCCACUGUGGGUUUGACCAGAGCCCUUUUCAGGGAGCCUGUCUUCUCCUCCCUCUCUGUCCUCUCUGGCCCUGACGGCUGGGGUCAUGAAGUCACUUCUGACCCCCGGCCCAGGGCCCUAUCUGUGAUGGCUGUUCGCCCAGAGCUGGACACGCUGUACAAACAGAUGAAUGAGCAGAACAGGGGCUAUCCAGCUCCUCAUGACAAGGUUCUUUUCACCCUUUCGCCUGGUGCCCACAACCAGCAUGACCUGUCAAGCUACAGCCAGCUAUCCCAUCAUGCCUUUCAACCAUACCAGCUGGGUGGCAUCCCUGAAGGCCACCUAAUGAAGUCUGACUCAGGUUUAAUGAAAGGAGGGCCUUUGUGGGACAUGGAAAACUUGGUCGGAAGUUAUUCUGGAUCCUCUGCAUGCCAACCAGGAAGCAACCAAGCAGGGGUAAAUUUGAUAGAGGAGCACCUGCAAGAGGUGAGGUGUCUCCGCCAGCGCCUGGAGGAGUCCAUUAGGACUAAUGAGAGGCUCCGACAACAGCUUGAACAAAAACUGCCCACCACUGGGCGUGAUGGAGGGGCUCCAACCAACAUUUAUAUUCAAGGACUGGACACAGUCACUCAACUAUCCAAUGAGAUCAGAAUCCUGAAGGAAGAAAACUUGGGUUUACAGUCACGUCUGCAGGCCAGCACAGUCUCUCCUCUGCUCUCAGACACAAGUAAGGAGGUGGUGCAGUUGAGGGAGGCGGUGCUUACAGCACGUGCCCGCCUGAAGCAAUCAGAGCUGGAAGCUGAGCAGUGGAAAGAGGAGCUAAGACGACUUCAGGCCCACAGUCAGGAGCAGGGACAGCAGAUUCACACAUUAAGGCAGGAGCGACAGGCCGGGCAGGAGAAAACCAACAGGCUCCAGCACGAGGUGUCACUACUGCAGCAGCAGCUAUGUGAGAGCAGGGAACUCAUCCACUCCCUGCAAAGCGAACUACACGUUUAUGAUCGAGUGUGUUCCAGCACGAAGGCCAACAAAGGCUACCUGUGUGAGGUCCCCGUUCUACCAGUAGAGCUGGGGGAGUUGUUGGGAGAGGUGAGGAGUCUGCGAGCCCAGCUGCAAAACAGCGUCCAGGAGAACAGCGCCCUCAAACAGCUGGAGCUCCACAAGCAGCUGGAACAGAAGCUGGGUGUGGGGUCGCCUCGGACUCCCUCUCUCUCUGCUCUCACUGCCAGCCCUCAGAGAGAAAACUUCUACAGACGACAGCUGCUUCAUGACCCAGCUCCAUCUCCACCAGUCAGGGACAUUGGUCUCUUUAACUGUGGAUCUCCUGGUCCUCCCUACUCAGACUUGGAUGACAGCCAUAGCACUGCCAAUGCAGACCCUCUUGAUCCGCACUCUGAGUUGGAGGGCGAUGCCCCUGAUGGAUCGUUUGCAAACCGAAAUGGUCGCCACGCCAUCGGUCACGUGGACGACUUCAGUGCGCUGCAGCAGCAAGUCCUCGAGGGCCGGAGCCUUGUCCAGCGCAUGGAGACAACCCUGCAGGCCUGCCUCGGUCCACCACUCCUGGAUGGCAAUCAGAAACAGAGCAGCGAGCUGAUUCUGGAUUAUGGAUGUAUCAAGAGUCUUCUGUCCAACACCAAGACUCUGAGGCAGAUCUUGGAGGAGGCAAUGUCUCUGCUGAAGAUGUUCUGGAGAGCAGCUCUUCCCAGCACAGAUCCCGCCAUCCAGAAUCUUAAGAAGGAGCAGUGUAUGCAGGAGGAGAUCUUGUCCCUGAAAUUGCGUGUGUCUGAGCAGGAGGAGGUUCUUAAGGGGACAAUACAAAGACUGAGGAGCACCAGCCGCACCAAGGAGAGCAUGGAGCACUUCAUAGUCAGCCAGUUAUCAAGGACUCGUGACGUGCUGAAAAAAGCAAGGACAAACUUAGAGACGAAUAAGCUGAGGCUUUCCUCUCUAAGUUCCUCCUCUUCCUCUCCUUAUGCUGCUGAAGAGCCAGGAGGUGCUGCCAGAAAGCAGCCUGCUGAUCACUGUUUCCUGAAGGCCGGUGGUGCUUCUGGAGUCACUGUGGCUGCAGGCAGUCAGCGAAUGGCAGCGAGAAAGCGCAGCAGCCAGUGCCUGCUUUAGACUUUCAAAGAACCAGCCUAAAUGCUACGAACUCUGACCUCUAUGCUGAAACAGCCAAGACCCACCAUCCCACCCUCUUCCUUCCCCUCCCAAGCUCUACCCUCUACCUCUGUUCAGCCAUAAAUACUUCACUCCUUCGCUCCUCUGGGCACUAUGUGCACAGUGUAAUCUGCACCUGGAGCCUUUCCAGAUUCCCUUCACCCUCUCCCCCGUUUGUGACAUCCCCCACCGUGAUGUGUAUUAUUGUCUUUGAGUGAUACAGUCAGCAGUUUGCCUUGUUGUUUGUGUGUCAGAAGAAGGUGUUUAAAAUGUGCCUAUGGUGGCUUCAAUGAUGUGAUGGAAGUGGUUGAGGAUGCCUUUAGAUGCUGAGUUCUCCAGAAACGAUUUGGCUAUUUAUCAGGUAAAGAAUUUACAUCAUUGGACAGAUGUAACAUUUUUAAAAAGGAGGGUUUCCAUUGCACACUCCCUUAUCUGCAUUAAAGGCAUCCCAGUGAGAGCUAGACAGCCUGCUGAUGGAAGAGAUGUUCAUGCAUGUUUAAAAUGGCUUGUGAGAGGAAUUCUGCACACACGUACACGCAUAUAUACCUAUAUAUGUGUGCGAUUGAACACCGCCCACUCAAAGACAAGACAGCCUCAACUUUGACUGCCACAGAAAUGCAAGUGCUUUUUUUUUUUUUUCUUUUGUGGCACUUUUGAUUAACAAGGACACCUUUUUGCAAAUGCAAUGCAAAGAAAAAUGACAUCGACAAUGUAUCAUUACACACAGUGGAGGAAUGUACAUUAGGUAGGCAAUCACUGCUAAUAGUUGCGUACUAGCUAUAUCUGUGCUUGUCGAGGAAGCUUAUGAAUGGUAUGCCAGCCAAGGGUUAUAAAUUGUAGAACAAAAGCUGGAGAAAGGUUCCAUUUAAGUCACAAACCUCCUCUUUUAGACCCCACAGGUGCUUUAUUGGCCUCCAACUCAAAAACACUCAAUAAAUCAAGGAAGGUGAUGCUGGCCGAUUCUGAUUUCCAGGCUGGACUAUAGUUUGUAAAAAGAGGCUGGAGUACUCAAAUGGAACCAGGCUAAACACGCGUAUUCACUCCUCUGCAGGAGUUCUCAUAUGAGCAUGUGCAAUAAUGAUGUAGUUUCUUGAAUGAUUAUGCUGCACUGAGUUAUUACUACUUUGCCUGACACUGAGUUAAUAUCACUCACACUCAUAUUAAUGUUAGGAGACGACCAGUGUUACGAUUAUACUUAUUUUUCUUGAGUGUUUAUGCAUGACAGAGAUUGUAAAUGGUGGAAUCUAAGAUAUGGAACAGGGAAUUGCCAAAACUUGCCAAAGUUUGAACUUUGAACUCUGUACUUGCCUUAUCCAUGUGAAUGACAAAUUGGUCGGAUCAGGUCGGAGGGCCGCCUGAGUGUUACGUUAUCGGGGGGCCCGUUGAACCACAGAGACGGUAACCGUUAGACAGCUCUGUUCAUUUUAUUUAGGAUUGUGUGACUGAAAUGAGCUCCUCCUUUGGACCAAAAUCUCAGCUAAGUGGCCGUGUGCCAUUGUCUUUGCCAUUUCUCUAGGUUCAGACCGUCUUAGCAUUCCCAUGGCAACGGCAAUAUGGAUUAUCCAGUUGUUACAGAUGAUGCAAACUUUGGCAGGCUGCUGGUGGGGUCAUUGUUCCGUAAUUCACUCACUUCACAUUUAGUUUGGUGUGUUUUCUUGCUGUACAUUUGCCAUUUUAUGCUGUAAAGAAAAAAAAACAAACCUGCUUCUCUGGAUGAUAUUUUAUGGGAGUGUGUCAGUGUGCGUGAAAACAUCCAACAUUUGCUUUUUUGCAAAGUUGAUUAUCUGGGUAGCUGUGCAAUAGCUUGAUAUGUUUUAUUUUGAUGUUAAACAUCAUUGAAUUCUGAGUAUGUUUGCAAUGUAUGAUUUACAUGCAGUGUACGUUAGAGGAUUGUGUCACUUUGAAUCAAUUAGUCACAUAGGCUGUGUCUGCUAUGUAAUCCCAAACUAUGCCUUCAUGAUAUUUAAGACACUGCUCACAAUGCCAUCCACCUGUAACGAAGCUCUGAUUGAUGUUGCUUUACUUGCCUUUAAAUUUAGCUUGAGAGCCUCCCAAGUCUGCUCUCAGUGGUAGAAAUGGCCUUGAACAAGCGUCUACCUGAGUUCUGCCAAAUUAGGUUUUGUUUGCGCUCGAGUCUUCAGAAAAAAGACAAAAGUUGCCAAGUUUUACAAAAGGGUAAAAAGUUUUGAAGAUUUGUGUACUGUAAAUAAUAAUUAAAAAAAAGCCAACGACUGAAGAGAUUCUGAAGUGUUUGAUUCACAGAGCACCUUAUAGGAGCGUAAACAAAGCCUUUUUAUUAAGGAGGGAAUCAACAGUGCUUUGUGUUGAGUUGCAUACUGUAUGUAUAUUGUGCUCUGAUAGGUGCAGCUUUUUUCCCCCCAAUUUUGUGCAUAAUGAAUUAGAAGGCCGAUACAGGACUCACAAAGAUCCUGUCUCUGAUGACAGUUAACUGUGUGUUGUUUUGGCAAACGUAUUAUCCCUGAAGGAUUUUGGGAAAGAAUAAAUAAAACACUUUAAAAAGCU